AUGAAUUAUUCAACUUUUCAACUACUCGAUUUGCCUGAUAAGAUGCUUAUUGAAAUUUUCAAUAAACUCACAAGAGUCGAUGUGCUCUUUUCAAUUUUGGGUGUUAACAAACGACUUAAUCGAUUGGUAUGUGAUCCUACUUUUACUCAUUUUCUCGAUUUAACAAUUAAAGCAUCAUAUGAUGAACGACAUUCUUUGCCUGAUGUUAUACUCGAUCGAUUUUGUUUAUUUAUAUUACCACGAAUUCAUAACAAUAUUCAAUCUCUUCGUGUUGAACCAUCGUCAAUGGAACGUAUUCUUCUUAUUUGUGAUUAUCCUAAACUUCAUAAAUUAAUUUUAAAUUCAAUCAAACCUGAAGCUUUUCUAAAAUAUUUAGCAGAUGAUUCAACUAUCGUACAUAUCUUUAAACGGAUUACACAUCUUGAAGUCUCUACUAUUGAAUAUUAUAGUCAUAUGACAAUACCACAAAUGGAUUUGAAUAAAAAUGGAUAUGCACGUCUUUUUUCUGUCUGUCAUCAUUUAACUCAUUUGAAUAUUAAUGGAAAAUAUCUUCAUUUGGAUACAUGGAUGCGACAAAAUGCUUUACCAUUGACUAUGUGUUCAUCAUCAAUUAUAGUCGAAUUAAAUGUUAAUGUAAAUACGAUAGAUGAUUGUUUGCGUCUACUCGAUGGUCGUUUCAGUCAAAUGAAAAUUUUGAACAUUACUAUUGAUUCUAUUGAAGCUACAUCAUUGAAUAUUGCUAAUCAGAAUAGUCUACCUAAUUUGACAACAUUUGCCUUGUUUUCAACUAUGCCAACAGAAGAAUAUGAUAAUUUGAUAGUACCAUUACUUCGACGAAUGCCGAAUAUAGAAGAACUAACUUUAUGUCUCGAUGUUGAAAAUCGAUCAACAUUUAUUGAUGGUACUGUUCUUCAUAGAGAUAUACUUAUUCAUAUGCCACGAAUAAAUAUAUUUCUUUUCAAUAUUAUAACAAUUGAUCAUCAUGUUGACUUGAGUCAUUGGUUUAAAAAUGAUGAUAUUGAAGAAACAUACAUUAUCGAUGAUGGACAUCCUUAUAUUUAUUGUCGUGUUGAUUUUUUUACAAAUGGUAUUGGUCGAUUUCGAAUAGCUUCAUAUCCAUUUCAUACAAAAAACUUAAAUCUAUAA